CCUCCUCCCGCCGCUGCUUCCCUCACCGCACCCUCCCCAGCUGCAGCCCGCCGGCUCGCCAGUGCAGCCGCGAUGCCCCGGAGCCCGAGCCCGACCCCGGCCCGGGUCCCCGGCCCACCGCGUAUUUAGCCUCGUGCGUCCCGAGCGCGCCACCGCAACGCCGCGCCCCGACGCAGCUAUGGGCAACACUGUGCACAGGACCCUGCCAGACUCGAGCCCGCCGGCGCGCCUCCUGGCCACCCGGCCUUGCUGCGGCCCCGGCCCAGAGCGGCGCCCCGUCCUGGGCGAAGCACCGCGUUUCCAUGCACAGGCCAAGGGCAAGAACGUGCGGCUGGACGGCCACUCGCGCCGGGCCACGCGGCGCAACAGCUUCUGCAACGGGGUCACGUUCACGCAGCGGCCCAUCCGGCUAUACGAGCAGGUGCGCCUGCGCCUGGUGGCCGUGCGCCCGGGCUGGAGCGGGGCGCUGCGCUUCGGCUUCACGGCGCACGACCCAUCGCUCAUGAGCGCCCAGGACAUCCCCAAGUACGCCUGUCCCGACCUGGUCACGCGGCCCGGCUACUGGGCCAAGGCGCUGCCCGAGAACCUGGCGCUGCGCGACACUGUGCUGGCCUAUUGGGCGGACCGCCACGGCCGUGUCUUCUACAGCGUCAACGAUGGCGAGCCCGUGCUCUUCCACUGCGGUGUGGCCGUGAGCGGCCCUCUCUGGGCGCUCAUCGACGUCUACGGCAUCACCGACGAGGUGCAGCUCCUCGAGAGCGGGUUCGCCGACACGCUGACGCCCGCGCGCCUCGGCCAGGCCCGCUUCAGCGCCUGCCUGCCGCCCAGCAGCCACGACGCGGCUAACUUCGACAACAACGAGCUCGAAAACAACCAGGUGGUGGCCAAGCUGGGCCACCUGGCGCUGGGCCGCGCCCCGGGCCCGCCGCUCGCCGACCACGCGGCCGCAGCCAUCCCGUGCGGGCCCCGCGAGCGCCCGCGGCCCUCGUCGUCGCCGGCGCUGCUAGAAGCCGACCUGCGCUUCCACGCGACGCGCGGCCCCGACGUGAGCCUGUCGCUCGACCGCAAGGUGGCCUGCGCGCCGCGGCCCGACGGCGGUCGCACGCUUGUCUUCUCCGAGCGCCCGCUGCGGCCCGGUGAGAGCCUCUUCGUGGAGGUGGGCCGCCCGGGGCUGGCGGCGCCCAGCGCGCUGGCCUUCGGCAUCACGUCAUGCGACCCGGGCGGGCUCCGCGCCGCCGAGCUGCCCACCGACCCCUACGCGCUGCUCGACCGCAAAGAGUACUGGGUGGUGGCGCGCGCCGGGCCCGUGCCGAGCGGGGGCGACGCGCUCAGCUUCACUCUGCGGCCCGGCGGCGACGUGCUCCUGGGCGUCAACGGGCGCCCGCGCGACCGCCUGCUGUGCGUGGACACCACGCAGGCGCUCUGGGCUUUCUUCGCCGUGAGCGGCGGCGCCGCAGGCCAGCUGCGCCUCCUCGGCACCCUGCAGUCCAGCCCUGCGACCACAUCCCCAUCAGGAUCCCUCAGCGGCUCCCAGGACGAUAGCGAUUCCGAUAUGGCCUUCAGUGUCAACCAGUCCUCCUCGGCAUCUGAAUCAUCCCUGGUGACGGCCCCCAGCUCCCCACUGAGCCCACCAGUGUCCCCCGUGUUCUCCCCACCAGAGCUGGCGGGCAGCAAGAACAGCGAGUGCGCAGUGUGCUUCGAUGGCGAAGUGGACACAGUCAUCUACACGUGUGGACACAUGUGCCUGUGCCACGGCUGCGGCCUGCGGCUCAAGAGGCAGGCCCGGGCCUGCUGCCCCAUCUGCCGGCGGCCCAUCAAGGACGUCAUUAAGAUCUACAGGCCGUAGCCUGGCCCGCUGACGGCCUUGACCAGAGCAAGGUCACCUUUCUGAAGCCCACCCCCACCCCGGGCCGGGCGACCACCAUGGCUGCCGGGGAGUCCAAGGGCAGCAGCUGUCUUGCCUGCCGCUCUCCAGUGGUGGGCAAGGCGUGACAGUCGUGGACACGAGGCCCCCGGGGGUCUCAGUCCAAGCGAGGGUUGCUUCUGGCUCGAAAGUGCUUUGCCCCCAAAAGGCCGUCCUAAGAGCAAGCUCAGGAACUGCCUGGCAGACUGCCCUGUCCCCCGGUGACCUCUCAGCUGAGAAAUGGCGUCCUCUGUGCAAUGCCUUUUGCUGGGGUUGGGUUGAGUGUGUGUGAGAGAGGGGGAGGGGAGGGAGGGAGACAGUCCAGAGAGGGCGAAUGUGUGAGAAUGACCUAGAGAGAACGUGUAGGUAUUUAUCCAGGGAUCCUGGCUCUAGGAGGUUAUUUAACACUAAGGAAUGUGCAAUCCGGAGCCCAGACGGUAGCGUGACUAGAAGUUGUUCACUUUACGGGGCUGUGACGUCAGCUGGUUUUGAAUGUACAAAGCCUGCACCUAAACAGAACUCCCUCAGAUGGUAUAGAAAAGGGACACUCAGAUUUUCUAAGGCGAGGAAAAAAUAGCUCAUUGUUUACAGCUCCGAAGCGGCAACUCCUUGGGGAGUAGUUGGGCGGAGAACAUAAGAGAACAAUUUGCUUUUUCAGUUUCUAACUCAGUCUUGGAGAGGAGUUUUGACUGGGUGCUGGGGCCAGAGCUCUGGGUGGUGUCUUCUCCAGAAGCCUUGUCACCCCUUCAGCCCCAGACAGCCUAAUUACAAGCACACCACCCCUUGACUCCAUCCCUAUAUGCUUUUAGUCUGUAGCAUCCUCACCGUCUCCAAGGAGAAGACAAGCAACAGGUUCCCUUUUCCUGGGGGCAGGAAAGAAUCCUAGAUGCCGGUGAGCCACCUGGGGUUGGAAAGGGUCACUCCGCAACUCUCCACAUUUCCUGCUGAAACACAGGGCCUGGCAUUUGCCAGCAGCUGUGGGCAUCACCAGGAUGACCUGCUGGCCAAGUAGGGGAAGGAAGCAGGGCUUUGCAACCCGUCUUUGUUCUGAUUCUCAGCUUAUCUCCCCCUGGUGAUUACUAAGGUGUUAACUUAUCAUUAGGAUGAUGUUAACUAGGGACUGAGACACUCGCUGAAAAUGCUGACACUGGGACUUUCCCCCUCCCCAGGGUUAUUUGCUGGGCAUUUCCUGGGACCCUGGCCCUGCCCCAAACCCCUCCCCCCUCCCCCCUGCUUGGGCCCAUCUCUGCAGACUCCCGGACCACACCUAGGCUGAUGGGCUGGCAGGCCUGCAAUUCCCUUCUGGGCCCCACCUCUGCCCUGUCUUGUGCUGUACCUUUAGGGAGGUCCCUGGGCCUCUCUGUUUCUCAGUUCCCAAUCUGUCCAAGAGGGAGCCUGGUACCUGCCCACUCCAGAGCUCUUGGCAGGACUGGCACAUUUUAAAAGGCCCAAGACACCUUGCAAAGAGCAGGUAUCGUUUUUAGUCCAAUUCUUAAUCUGUUCUUCUGUUGAGGGAGGCAGGGAAGGGAGGACAUUCAGUUUUUGCAUUCAUGUAGCAACUGUUUGUUACCUGUCUGGGGUCCCCCUCGUCAGAUCAAGGCCCAUAAGGCCAGUCAAUCCGUGCCCUUGUGAUGCUCCAGGUCUUGGACCAUCUGCUUCUCCUCUGCCUGGUAUUCCGACCUGAUCUCAACUUCAGAAACCCUACUCUUGCCCCUGCAAGGAUCCCUGAUUGGUUCUUUUUCCCUUAUGAAGUUGGGAAACACGCCCAGGUUUUAAUUUUGCAGCAGAAUCUUUAUGGGAGUGACUGGCACCCCAGCAUUUGCCAAGAUAAGAGUUUGCAUACCUAGGCAGCGCUCGGCACCCAGCUGAACUUGGUCUGCUGGAGCCUUCCAUUUCCCCCACAUGCUGGGUGUGGGCAAGGCCACGCACAGGCCCCAUGUGAGAGGGCUAGUCACCCCCAGGACGGUGGUUCUCCAGGCAGCAGCUCCCCUGACUGGAUUGAGCCAUAGUCACAAGCCCCGGUGGUCUCGGCGGCCUGGGGGAGCCAGCUCCUCUCUCUUGUCCCCUUGGGUUCCAGCCAGGGUCAGUGCAACCACUGCCAGGAAUCCAGGGAUCGAGGGCCUGGACCCAGGGUGGACCAGGCCAUGCGCCUGGUGACCUAUUACCUGGGAAGAAAGGAGCUGGUGGCCUGUUUAACAUGCUCUGCAGCUGCUAUAAAUAGCCUCCCUGUUUCCAAGAGGAAUUAAGGGAGUGUUUAUCUUCUAAAAACCAGACAUUUCCUGAUGCUCUAAACUGAUUUAUUCAGCGCUGCAGAGGAGCUGCCCACACCGCCCUCUAGGUUCUGUCUGGAGAGGGGGCAGGAGGAAGAGGGAAGGGAACCACUCUUCUUUAUUUGGCAUCACUGUGUGCCCGGCACUGGGCUGGGGAGGUGCAUCCCCAUGUCAAUCCUGUGAGGUAGGUCUUAGUACCAUAUUGAGUCGUAUCAAAGACACUACUGAUGACAAAACACACCAUUCUAUGUACCACUAAGGGAAAAACACUGCCAAUUUCAACUGUAAGAUGCCACAGCUAUUCGAUUCAUUUUACUCCGACAUGUUAAGUGGAAAAGCUGUGCUCCUAGAAUCAAUGAAAUACGAUAUUAUCCCCAGUUGGCAGGUAAGAGAACUAAGGUGCUGGAAGUGAAGCAGGAGGUGACAGCACUGGGCUUCAAACCCAGGAGUGCCUGAUGCCAAAACCCACGCUCUCUGCUGCCUGGCCCCGAGCCCAGAAAGCUCGAGACUGCUUGAGUUUUCUUCCUUGAAGCUCACCUGGGCAGCGCCUGGAGAGAGCUGGGCACCCGCCCCUGUGUGAGGGUUCCAGCCCCAGACUGCGGCCCCUGUGCCGCCCGGAACCCUGGGAGCACAAGUGUCCUUCCUUUCAGGCUUAUCUGCCUACUGCCCACCUUCUCCCGGCAGAGCUGAGCCACGUGUGAGCUUGGGUCCAACCCCAGGGCCUCCUCCUGUUACAUGGGGAUGCCCAUCAGGGGCAACUUUGGGGAGACACUUGUCCCACCACCUUCCUGGGCCUCAUGACCACCACCCCCCUAAGUAGGGCCCCCAGGGCGAGGACAGGAAGACCAGAGGAUGCCGCCUUUGUUGUGGUCUGGUGCCUGUUCAUCCUGAACCACCAGAGAAACUGAGCUGUUUCCAAGUCAAGACAAACUCCUUUUUCUAGCCCAUUCACAGAACUGGGAGUCUUCUGGGAUUUAGCUACCCAGGGCAGCUGUUCCCCUAACUACAGCAAUGCUUUUUCAGUCAUCCGACAACCACUGGUCAGUGUGGCCUGUGUUCUGGACAAAGGGAUGGGAACCGGGUCUAAAGACAAGGCCUGUAGGGAGCUUGCAGUCCAGAGCAGGAGGUGGGCAGAUUUGUAAACUUGUAUUUGACCCAUCCAGUGCUGGGUCCUGUGGUAGCACUUAGUAGGUACUCAUUAAAGGUUUACUGAGUAAAUCAGAAAUCAGGUUAUGAGUCUCCAGGGGUUUGGUAAAACACCAUGUAUACAUGCACACAAAGUCAUUCAACAAACAUUUGCUGAGUGCCCACAAGGUGUGGGGUGCUGGGAGGACAGAGCUGAGAGGACAGGACCCCAGCUCUGAUGUCAGAGGGAUUGACAUUAUGAGACAUUUGGGGCAGAGUCCAUGGGCUUUCCUGGCCAUUUUGUUGCCUCGGGGGUCUAUCUUAGUGAGUACACAACUGCUUUCCAGACCCAGAGCCCCCUGCACACUUCAGAAAGCCUUCUCUGCAUUAGGAAUGCCGGGCAUCUUGUAGUCACUGAGUUGCUGCCGAAAUGGCCUUGGGCAGAACCCUCAAGAGCCCCACCAACCGAUAAUCGCCUUCAGGUCUUGCCAGGGAGACACAGGGAGAUAGCUACCUGCUACUUUCAGGCCUUGGGACUGGUGGCUGGAAAUCAAUCCCCAAGUCGACAGAGAACCCCCAGUCAGUUCCAGAAUAGGGUUGUGCAAACUCUUGGCGAAUGAGAGGCAAUCACCUUCCGCUUCUCAAUCCUGUCUCUGCCCCGGUUCUGGCAGAAGGACUCCGGCUCAGGAACACGUGGCCUCCCGGCAUCUCUCAGUAUUUAAUUUUCUCACCGUCUUUCUCAAGUCCCUAGUGAGAUGACUUGUGCAACAAUUUGUCUGUGCCUUAUGAAAGUGUCUGUGCACUUUUAAUCCUUUUUGAAAGCAACUUUAAAAAGUGGGCCGGGGACUAGCAUACGUGGUAGUGUUCUAGAAAUCUGUGCUCAUCACUGAAACCCUUCUGCAAUGUGUAUUUGAUGUUGGAGUGAGGAAGUGUACGUCCCCCGCCCCACCCCACUACCUGUGUACAGACCUUUUUAAAAAUGUCUCUCUUUCUGAUUCAAUACUGUGACCUCUCCAAUACAGUCUAAUCUUUGGGGAUCUGUAAUAAAGGUUUCAAAACCUGGGGGAAUGGGUGGGGAAGGGUUUGCACUGGUCCUGUGUGUUGUGCUCUUGCGUGUUGUGUGUUUUGAUUUUUGUCUGUUUUUAUCUGUUUUAUAUUAACAUAAUUUUCCUGUUUAAAAAAACAAAUACAACUUUGGCUUGUUAAGAAAGUCUCUUCAGGACUCAGUUUUA